CUUAACACAUAUAUCUCAUCUCGCACUGAGCUUUCCUCCUAAGUUCUGUCAUGAGUGCUUUGUCGCAAACUGAAUAGAUCCGACCUAUUUGAUCGCACACGAAAAGGACAGAAGCUUCUUCGCAGGUAAUGGGUGAACACGAAGAAUUGACAAUGGUGCAGAAGAAGUCCCAUUCUUUCAGUAUCAAAAGCUUGUUACUCUCGUCUAAAUGUGACAACCCGAGUUCUGAACACCUGGAGUCAAUCGUUCUUCCCUCAAGCUCGGACUCUGAGAAAUCUAUGGACCUUGGAGACACGGAAUGUCCUUCAUGUUCUCAAGAAAAGCCAGGAAAAGAAGACUGUCUCGACCACAUACCGCAGAGUAACAAGAAUGGGAAGUUUGAUAAACCCCCCUUCAGCUACAACGCACUGAUAAUGAUGUCUAUUAGACAAAAUCCUGAAAAGAGACUCACCCUAAACGGAAUCUAUGAAUUCAUUAUGAGAAACUUCCCCUAUUAUCGGGAGCACAAGCAGGGAUGGCAAAAUUCGAUCAGGCACAACCUUAGUUUAAACAAAUGCUUUGUGAAAGUGCCGCGGCACUACGACGAUCCAGGUAAGGGAAACUACUGGAUGCUAGACCCUUCAAGUGACGAUGUUUUUAUCGGUGGUACUACAGGGAAGCUGCGGAGGCGCUCCGCUACGUCUAGGGGUAAACUGGUUAUGAAAAGGGGACUGAGCUUUUCCCCACUCGGAAUAGGAUUGAGUGAAAUGGCUUGUAAUCCGUUAUACUGGCAGUUAUCGCCAUUUUUACCUUUACAUCCUUCACAUUUCAAUGAAUCUACACCUCGAUUCCUAAACCAAGGACACGCAUACGAAUCCUUACUACCAGGAGUUGAACAACUGAGUAACGGCGAACUCCCAGGGUCAGUUUAUGAAGGGUCGAAUCGAAGCCUCAACCCGACUAAUGGCUACAGUGGGGUCACUUCAAACGGCCUAUCCGGAGAAAAUACCUAUUUCAUGUCAAGAACCAAUGCACUCUCCCAGCCUCUACCAUCAAAUGGAAGACAAAGCAUUUCAAGCACCCUGCCAACAAUAUUUUCGAACACAUUUAGAACUUUGCCGUCGUUUAUAUAAACAGAAUUAUCAGGACUUGUAACGAGCCACAAAAGAGUUACAGCAACGGCUUUUCUGGACUGAAUUGACUGACUCAACAGUAUAAAAGUAAUGACACUUUUUGAGACUGUGGAAUUGGAUGUGUCUCUCCACUUAGGAUACAUUUCCCUAAAGAGAAUGCAAAUAAUAUGUUAAUAGGCCUAUUAACGAAUUGUACAUGUUUUAAAUAUGUAUUUGUGUAUGUUUUAUAUUUAUUUUAUUUAAAUAUCACUAUAUGUGUCCAUUUGUACCAUUUGUAUUUAUGCAAUCUGUCUGUAAACAGACAGGACUAUUUAGAAAAAGUGUAGUCUAUGUUUUGUGCAUGUCUGUUGGCAUUUUACCUUGGCGUAAUGGCGUUACCCAUAGGCUACAUGGUUUAUAUAACUGACAUUUCAUUACCAUUGACAGAAAACUGAAAUGACCCUUUCCUGACUGCCUGCAUGAACGGACAAACUAUACGAUCACCAUCAAAUAAUUUAUUAUAUCUAAGCGCUGUUUCUGAAGGCAUUAGGCCUGCAGUACAGCCAGCUGACAUUGAUUGAAAUAGGACAAUUGAUUGGAAUAAGACUAAGCAGACAGCACUGCAGUUUCUGUGCAAGUUCGUUUUGAGGCAUUAUUAGUCUAUAUUUGGCUUUUAAUCAAAACAAAGAUAGCCACAAAAUCCUUAAAAGCGUUAAAAUCAGAUAAAAAAGAAACGUUUAGUCUUGGAGCCAAAAUAUAAAUAUAAAUUUAGAUGGGCCAGCAAUGACAGGCCUACGACCGGCCUACGUCUUGAUGCUUUUCACGCCCUUUUCCAAACCUGUGUUAAAAUAAGAAAGGUUGGAAAGUUCCUUGCCCAAGGAUCAAUUGAUCCCUUGUGAACCAAACCAACCAGGUAACUGAACCACUCUCAAAACCCUUUUUAUGUUGUCUUUUUUUUGUUUUCACAAUACUUUGAAUCAAAAUUGUGUAUUAUGUGCACCUUAAACAUAUAGGCCUACAGAUUAUUAGAUUGUUUGUUUUUGGUUAGCCUCUUUGAUCAAGGAAUGAUGAGUGAUAAAAACACAUUGGCACCUCCCAUCGCAUCAUUGUUUUCUACUGUUAAACCCCCUAACCAUGUAGUUCCUUCUGAAGAAUGACUAACUUGUCCAUCUUGGAAGUAGUCUGUCAUGGGAGAGAAUCGUAUUAUUGGCCACAGCUGGUUCUUAACUUCCAUUCAGCGCAGUCAGAGAUGUUAGUUGGGCAACUACAUUACUACAUCAAAUUGUUUCAUAAAGUGUGUAUGGCCUACCCUACUUAAUGGUCAUCUCUGAAUUUAAGCUACCUCCACUCCCUCUCAGGAAAACUGAUGAUGAUAACAAUGGACUUAACAUAAUCAUUUAAAUGAAUAGGCCAACUAAUGUACAGUAGCAUGUCACACAACAAAUUAAUUUAGACUUAAAUCGACACUUGUCAUUAUUUAUGUACAUUACACACAACAAAUGUUUGAUAUGAAUUUAUUGGCAUCAAUGUUUUGUUAUCACAACAUGAUGCAGCUGUGGAGUGUUUAUGGCAAA